AUCAUUUCACUGAUGGAUUUAAUGCUGUAAAACAUAAUGGCUCUAAACAAAAACCUGUUGAUCGUGAAAAUGGCCACGUGCCCCUGACCCGUGCCGACAAACUGGAGAGGAUGGCCGAGCAUCUCCACGGCAGCACGCUGUCUGCGUCUGGGGCCCCACACCCCAUCCCUUUCCUCACACUGGAACAGAAGGCUGCCUUCGUCUUCGUCCUCCUACUCUUCAUCUUUCUGGGGCUGCUUAUCGUGCGCUGCUUCCGAAUCCUUUUGGAUCCGUACAGCAGCAUGCCGAGUUCCACAUGGACAGACUAUAUGGAAAAAGACACGUUCGACUACCGCAUUGCCUGAGCUGCUAACCAGAUUUUAGGCUAGGAGACAUGCGAUGAUUACCUCACGCGCGCACACACACACGCAAACGCCGACACACAACCACCACCACACCUCCUCCAUCACCUCAGAGCCAGCUGUAUCCCUCAAGUGUUGUUGUUCCGUGAUGGUAGUUUUGUGUACUUGUGGGUCUGGUUUUUCCAUUUGAAAACUGCACUUAAACACACUUUCAUGUCUCACGUGUUCUGACAGGGUUUUUCAGCUCAUAGCUUCCACCACUGAUGUCACGUUCAGCAUGGCUGACAAGUCUUAGCGAUGAAUCUUUUAUGUUCGAAACCAGCCAAAUAGCUUUAUUACGGACGAACAAUAUGGUUAAUUAUUUUCUAUGUCCAAGGAAACGACAAAUUCACAGUUCCGUAAUUGGGGGGGGGGGAAUUAGGUUAAUCCAUUUCGCAAUUAAUCAUUCCACACUUAUCAUAAAAGCCCAGUGCAUUGGUUCCAGGAUGAUCCUCUGAUGAUCUACAUCCUAUGAGCUCUUUGGUUUGGGACUCUUGAGCUUUGCGCCUUAUAAAUCCGUGUGUUUACAGAGCAGCCAGAGAAACUGGCCUUGCUGUUAUUCAGCUAAAUGUCAAUCAGUGUACUGACCUACCAGCCUCUUUGGGCAAACUGAAUGUUUGAUUUACCAGGUCCUUUCCCUGCCUCUCUCUACGGUGUUCUUAAUAGAAUGAGUCUAAUUUCCUCUCUGUUGUUCUUCAGUAUUUUCCGAUGUUGAAAUGGACUG